AUGGACCCCAUCGCAACCCUAGGAGAGGACGUCUUCCUCCUCAUCCUCGAGCAUCUCGCCCCCGCCGACGUUAUCCAGGUGGACAGCGUGUCGCACUCUUGGCGCGACUUUGUCCGCGAGCACGAUGUGUGGCACCGAAUCUGUCGACGAGACGGCAUUGACGUCCGCGAACAUCGGCACGCGCACGCAGAGCGGGUCGCCCUCUGGCGGGGCGAGGACUACGCCGGCGAGCUGGUCGGUGAAGCGAGUCCCGCUGACUGCCGGCGCGCAUAUCUCGACCACGGCCGGCUCGCAAAAGAUUGGGAAAUGCGUUUCGGAUACGAGACGCUCGUCAAGGCGCCUGGAUUCAAGAUUCGCUCCAUCUACAUGGACCACGGGGAAGACUUCAUCUACGCCCUGACCGAGAUGAGCAUGACGUCAGACGAAGAGUGCCUCCUCGUCCUUAACAAGUAUACGGGGCAUCUACUGCAGCGCAUCCCCGGGAUGACGCCGAGCCCUAACAUCUCCGUCGGCGCUGGGUACGUCGCUGUCUCUCAGCAUACACGAGACUCGCCUCGCGACCGCCGACGAGAGUAUUCCCCACUCGGGACCGUCACGGUAUUCCGCACUGCUACAGCUGCCGUGCGAACCACUACCGUGUGGCACAAUCGUGGGCCGCUCGAGUUUGCCUUUCAUCUUUCCGACGAAGGCGUUAGAUGUUCCGACGUGAUGGCCGUGAAGCUCGUCCGCGGACAGGGUCUCCUCGUCACUGCGAACAAGACGGAUGCUCAUCUUAUCGACCUCGACCUGGGGAAACGUAGUUCUAUUUCGCUCGAACACCUGGACACCAUCGAAUCGCCGUUUCUCGACGAGGGGGACCUGCGGGGCAGGGAACCCAAAGUCUGGUCGGUUAACAUUACUGACGACCACCUCUUCGUCGUCACACAGUACCAGGUGCACAUCUUCACUCACUCCGGAGAGAAGCUCGCGACGUUCCCUGACCCGUGUGCAGACUACCUCUCAUCACAUGCGGGACUCGCGUACGCUGUCAAGCCGCGAUACCCAUAUGGCGUUGAUAGUCUCCGCUUCCCGGGGGAACCCAAGUGGCGACCUCCGGGCUUCGAGGUGGCAGAGACAUUGGAAUGGGACAUGAUUGGAUUCCACCCCAACUCGCAAACCGACUGGGACGACUACGAUUGGGAUGAGAGUGACUAUUGGUAUCUUCAGGAGGGCUUCCAAUUCGAGGGGAUGAACGCCUGGUUGCAAGACGUCUCAUUCACGAUGAACGACUUGGUCAUCCGUGGACGCCAGGGAGCGAUCUUCAUCGUGCGCGAUUACUGUCGAGUGCUGCGUGAUGUCUGCGACAUUGAAGAGGCACAGGAGCGGACGGCUUACAUCGGUCAGCACACGAUCGUCAUCGGCUUCCACGAGACGAACGACGUGGUCGCGUGUUAUGGCAACCGCAUUGCACUCCACGCUGCGCACUCCGUUGUCUUCGUUCUCGACACCACCCAGCUGCCGUCGAUGCCAUGGAAUGGCAGCGAGGACAUGAAAGUGUCGGCGACAGUCUUUGUGUUCGAGGACUCGUCGCUCGAAAUGAUCCAGGACGAGUCGUCGGUCGUCAUGGACGCCCGCGGGUUGUACUUGGCCGACUGGGACAAGGGUAUGCCAGACGCCACCAUUUCCUACGAAGACAUGAACAAAAUGUACCGCGACUAUGAGAGCUGGCCAUUCACGAUCAGGCCAAACUGCAUGGAUCUUCCGCCCAACUGCCGCCUUGCUCCACCGACCGUACGCGAAGGCACGGGCGGAAGCGGUUAA